UACGACUCCCGGCGUGCAGCGCGCUGCGCGCCGGAAGCUGUAGUCCCGCGCCGGAAGAAGCUCCUGCCGCUUCACACCAAACCACAACUCCCGUAGUCCCUCGCGCCGGCCGGCGCCAUUGCUGCCCGCAGCGCCCCCCGCGCACGCGCGGUGCGGGCUGUUGUUGUGGCGGCGCGGCCCGCGGCUUCACCGGGGCGGGAGCGAUGAGCGACAACGAUGACAUCGAGGUGGAGAGCGACGAGGAGCAGCCGAGGUUCCAGUCCGCGGCCGACAAACGGGCUCAUCACAACGCGCUGGAGCGCAAGCGCAGGGACCACAUCAAGGACAGCUUCCACAGCCUGCGGGAUUCCGUGCCCUCGCUCCAGGGAGAGAAGCAACAGGCAUCCCGGGCCCAAAUCCUGGAUAAAGCCACAGAGUACAUCCAGUACAUGCGCCGGAAAAACCACACACACCAGCAGGACAUCGACGACCUCAAGCGGCAGAACGCGCUGCUGGAGCAGCAAGUGCGUGCGCUGGAGAAGGCCCGCUCCAGUGCCCAGCUCCAGGCCAGCUACCCUGCAGACAACAGCCUCUACACCAACCCCAAGGGCAGCGCCAUCUCCGCCUUCGACGGCGGCUCCGACUCCAGCUCCGACUCGGAGCCCGACGAGCCGCAGAGCAGGAAGAAGCUGCGCAUGGAGGCCAGUUAGGCCCCCCUGGCGACCCCCGGCCCGCGGCAGGACUCGCUCCCUCCGCUCCUAGAAGCUCUCGGACUGCAGCUUUCCAGCCCUCCCCGGCCCCUUCCCUGCUCCUACCGCACCGGCCCCGGGGGGAGCCGGUCAGGCCGAGCCGAAAGACUUGGGGGGGGAUCAGGGAGACCCCCCUAUUGCUGCCCCCCCUUGCUAGUGACCCCCCUCCCCUGUCCCUCCUGGUUUUAUAGGAGCAUUUCUAUUUAUAGCCGGGGACCAGCGCAGUCCGGAGCGGGGAGGAGCCGGGCAGCCCCCCAAAAAAAGGGAGCAAGUACUGGGGGAGGGGGGGGCCUCCCUAUUUAUUUUCUCCGUGUGCAAACUCCACCUGCCCAAGUCGGCGGAGCACGACCUGGCACAGAGCCGGGCUUGGGGGGUCCUGUCCCCCCCCCUCUUCCUCCUCCUCCUUUUCCCCUCCUUUGGCCCCUUCCCACCUCCGUGGCAUUAUCCAAACUCCAGUGGCCCGUCCCUGCCCCGUAGGUGCCCGUUUUCCCCCCAUUUUGAUGCCAUUCCAUGGAUUUAAGGUAUGUUGUACAUACUGCCCAGAGUUGUCUUGCAAGUUAAGGCUUCCCUUUACUAUAAGACUAUAAAUAAUAAAAAAAAAAAAAGCCAAAAUUCCACUUAAUUUAUCUUC